CUCCUAUAAACACAGUAAAGGAUGGAUUGGGGAACUGUACAUGAAUAUAUUCUUGAAGAUGUGUUUAUGUACCUCAAUCCUAAACAGUUAUGUACUGCAGCACGUGUUUGUUCAUGGUGGAAUACUGUAGCAGAAUCUAGUUUACUUUGGAGAAAUAUAAUAGAGAAAGAUUUAAGCAUCAAGGUUACUGGUCUACCCCCUUCAGUUUACUCCUGGAGAAGAGAAUGGGAGAGAAUACAACGAGCUGGUUUAGGAAACAAGAUUAUAUCAGAACAUAUUCACACAACAGGCGUAACCCACGCGGCCUUUUCUCCUGAUGGUGAUACAUUAGCAACAUGUGGGAAUGAUGCAAGGAUCUGUGUAUGGAAGAUUGAACCUGGACAAGAAUUAAACCUAAUUUAUGAAGAGAGUUUUGUAAGGUUUAACUGGAACCAGUGCAGUACAGUACAAUUCAAUCCGAAUGGAACCUCCUUAAUGAUCUCAGGUGUGAUAAAAGCAAAUAUAGCCAGGGUUAGGUUAGGAGAGAUAAUCAUUAUAUCUAUGCUUGAACCAGACCUUGGACAGAUUAAAAGUAGAAUUAAUAUCAGACCGUUUGAUAGCCUGGGUUGUUGGUAUAAUAACAACUACGUGAUCUCGUCUGAACAUGAUUGGUUAACAAGAGGGAUAUCUGUAAACAAACUCUGGAUUAAUAAGGUAAAUUUUGCCGAUGAGUGUGAACCAAGUUUAGCUUGCAUGAGACAACUGUAUCGUAUGUACAACUGUGCUGGGUCAUCUCUUAGAAAUAUCACGGUGUGCAGUGUACCACGGCAGAAUGUUUACGAGUACAGGAAGUAUCUAGGAUCUAGGGAUACGGAUACUGUCCUAGCUGCUCAGCUAUACCUGGCAGAUAAUCAUGCUCUUCAUCUUAUACCUGUACCACCAGCAGACAAUGUACCCUCUCUACCGGAAGAUGUAGACAAUAUGACAAUCAAAUAUAUCUGGGAAGGACGAUACAUUGCAGACUAUGACGAGAACCAGGACGAAAACCAGGAGAUGGAGAAGGUUAGAAUUGAAUACCUCCCUGAGUACUUGAUUGAUAGAGAGAGAGAUCAUGAAACUGGGAUGGAUGACUGCAAAAAAUGGGUCUGGGAGGAUGAGAAACUAUGCGAGGAUGAUGAAUUUCAAUGGGAAUAUUUUACUCAAGAGGAAGAAGAGGAGAACAAGGAGGAAGUAGUGGUUGACUCCACCAGCAAUGAGCAGGUUCUAAAUGAUGAGGAUAAAUUGAUGAUUUUUACCACUGGGAGAAAAACUUUUCUGCCUCAUCAACUUGGAAUUAAAUUGAUGACAAGGGUUCGGUUUAAACAGCAUCUUGAUGUGAACAGAAACAUUCAAGAGGUUAUUAGAGAAGGAAAGGAGAGAAGAGAAGAAGAGAGAAGACAACUGGAAUCUCAGAGAGAAAUUAAUAUUCCGCCCUAUCAGAACUAUGGGGAAGUGAUGAAUAUGUUUGAUAUUGUCGACGUCAUUUUGGACUUUCAGGUGUUUUGUAAAUACAACAAAAUCUAAUUUUCUAAUCCAUGCACCAUGAGAAAUGAGGGAUCAUCGAGAUAUUAGUA